GCCCGGGCGGGAGAGGGAGAGACCGGCGAGGUCCCCGGCGAGCGAGCGAGUUCGUGCGGGGCCGUAGGUAUGGGUGAAUUUAAGGUCCAUCGAGUGCGUUUCUUUAAUUAUGUUCCAUCAGGAAUCCGCUGUGUGGCUUACAAUAACCAAUCAAACAGAUUGGCUGUUUCACGAACAGAUGGCACUGUGGAAAUUUAUAACUUGUCAGCAAACUAUUUUCAGGAGAAAUUUUUCCCAGGUCAUGAAUCUCGCUCUACAGAAGCCUUGUGUUGGGCAAAUGGACAGCGACUCUUCAGUGCUGGACUCAAUGGAGAAAUUUUGGAGUAUGACUUACAGGCGUUAAAAAUCAAGUAUGCUCUGGAUGCCUUUGGAGGACCUAUUUGGAGUAUGUCUGCCAGCCCCAGUGGCUCUCAACUUUUGGUUGGCUGUGAAGAUGGAUCUGUGAAACUAUUUGAAAUCACCCCAGACAAAAUCCAGUUUGCAAGAAAUUUUGAUCGACAAAAAAGUCGCAUCCUGAGUCUCAGCUGGCAUCCCGCUGGUACCCACGUUGCAGCUGGCUCCAUAGACUACAUUAGUGUGUUUGAUGUUAAAUCAGGAAGUGUUACUCGUAAGAUGGCCGUAGAUAGGCAACACUUAGGUGUGUCUAAGAGGAUUUGUAUUGUAUGGGGUGUGGCCUUCCUGUCUGAUGGCACCGUCAUAAGCGUGGACUCUGUUGGGAAAGUACAGCUGUGGGACUCCAUUACUGGGACGCUUGUCAAGAGCCAUCUCAUUGCAAAUGCUGAUGUGCAGUCCAUUGCUGUUGCUGAUCAAGAAGAUAGUUUCGUGGUGGGAACAGCUGAGGGCACAGUAUUCCAUUUUCAGCUGGUCUCCAUGAAUUCUAACAGCAGUGAGAAGCAGUGGGUGCGGACAAAACCAUUCCAACACCACACUCACGACGUGCGCGCCGUGGCCCACAGCCCAACAGCUCUCAUAUCUGGAGGCACUGACACCCACUUAGUCAUUCGUCCUCUCAUGGAGAAGGUGGAAGUAAAGAAUUAUGAUGCUGCUCUGCGAAAAAUCACCUUUCCCCAUCGGCGUCUCAUUUCCUGUUCUAAAAAGAGACAGCUUCUCCUCUUCCAGUUUGCUCAUCACUUGGAACUCUGGCGGCUGGGAUCCACAGUUGCAACAGGCAAGAAUGGGGAUACACUUCCACUUUCUAAGAAUGCAGAUCACUUAUUGCACCUCAAGACAAAGGGCCCUGAGAACAUUAUUUGCAGCUGUAUCUCCCCAUGUGGAAGUUGGAUAGCCUAUUCAACAGCAUCCCGCUUUUUCCUCUACCGACUGAAGUAUGAACAAGAUAGCAUAAGCCUCCAAAGGAUUUCCAAAAUGCCAGCAUUCCUUCGUUCUGCCCUUCAUAUUUUAUUUUCUGAAGAUUCAACAAAGCUCUUUGUGGCAUCAAAUCAAGGACCUCUACAUAUCAUUCAGCUCUUGGAAGGAAGCUUCAAACACCUGCAUACUUUCCAGCCUCAGUCAGGGACAGUGGAGGCCAUGUGUCUUCUAGCAGUCAGCCCAGAUGGGAACUGGCUAGCCGCGUCAGGUACCGAUGCCGGCGUUCACGUGUUCAACCUGAAGCGCCUAAAGCUUCAUUGCACAGUACCUGCUUACAAUUUUCCAGUGACUGCUCUUGCCAUCGCCCCCAAUACCAACAACCUUGUCAUCGCUCACUCUGACCAGCAGUUAUUUGAGUUCAGCAUCCCAGAGAAGCAGUAUACAGAAUGGAGCCGGACUGUCCAGAAGCAGGGGUUUCACCACUUGUGGCUACAGAGGGAUACUCCCAUCACACACAUUAGUUUUCAUCCCAAGAGACCAAUGCACAUCCUCCUCCAUGAUACCUAUAUGUUCUGCAUCAUUGACAAGUCAUUGCCCCUUCCAAAUGACAAAACUGUUCUCUACAAUCCGCUUCCUCCAACAAAUGAAUCAGAUGUCGUCCUGAGGCGCACCGCCCAUGCUUUUAAAAUUUCUAAAAUAUAUAAGCCCUUACUCUUCAUGGAUCUUUUGGAUGAAAGGACACUCGUGGCAGUUGAACGGCCUCUAGAUGACAUUAUUGCUCAGCUCCCACCACCUAUCAAAAAGAAGAAAUUUGGAACUUAAAACUGGGCACUGCCUGUGUCCAUCUUUGAACUGUCUUCCCUGGAUUUUCUUUCCUCCUAAUCAUGAUAAUAAAAAAGUUAUUCUUUA